GUUUUGCAGAUCGGUAGGUGCCAAGCAGCAGCAAACGUCUUUUCAAUCACUGGCGACUCCUCAUUGGUUCAUAAAAGGCCAGACAUUCUCCACAUUUUGGGUGCCCUUCUCUUGCUGUAAUCAUGGCGUCUCCUGCGCUCUCUCGCUCAUAUGGGCGCCGCACAAGUGGAAGCAUGCUGUCGGCAGCAGAAGCGCAGCACACUUCAAGCCCACUUGAAGUUUCCAUUGCGGGGCCGGCUGCUGCCCAAUGGUACCGCACCGUACAUUUACUGCUUCGCAGGAACUUGGGUGGCGCUCCUUUUCUUCCAAAGAAUCACCAGAAGAUCUCGCACCAUUCGGAGUGUCUGGUUCGGGCUGGCGCUUAUGAUAGUCCAGAAUGCAGCCAGCCGCAAACCAGGCGUUGGGAGAGACCCGUGAACGUGGAAACCUGCGGAGCAGUUAACGUAGACAAUGGCAAAAGCUCGCUCCUAACCAGAGGGGCUCAAGGUGUCGCUACUGUCCUUUGCACAGCCGCACUGCUUAUGGGCAGUCCGGGCAUAGCUUACGGUGCGGAGAGGGGCGCUUUUGUAAGACCCGAGAGGAACGGGCCAAUCAUUGAUGGGGCAAGCAUCAUUCCAGACGGAAGGGAAGGGGAGCUUGCGAAUGGACUGGCGGAGUUUGCAGACCAGACAGGAUGGAAGAUCCGCAUUGUAACCCGCAACGGUCCCGGCUCCUUCCCCUCGGGCAACGAGGUCCGGUCAGUCUGGAACCUCGACUCCCGCACCAUCGUCGUCAUCGAUGACGUCAGCGCUCCGAACGUGCUCAACUUCAACACGGGCGACGGCGUGAGGGAAAAACUGCCCCGGCAAUUCUUUACGGAACUUCAGUCGCGGUUCGGGAACCAAUUCUACAUUGCAGAAGAGGGGAAUGCAAAGGCGUUGAUGGAGACGGUCGGCGCGUUGAGGGACUGCCUCGGACGAGACAAGGGAUGCAGGUUUGUACCGGGUUUGGUUGACGAUCUUUACUUCCUAACCCUCGCCUGUUCAGUGGCCGCGGGGGCCGUCUUCGGAUUCUCAGCCCGCGUGCCCCUCUCGGGAAGGGUCAACAAUCAGCUGACAUGGAUCCUGACGUUCGCUCCGCUCUGGGCGUUCCUGCUCGUGUCGUUUGGGAUCCUUCCGGUGACGUCACGGACCACAGAGCUCGAACCGCUGUUGAAGAACGGGGCCGCGUUUCUCGCCGCCGGCGCAGCUGUAUACCUCACGCCGAUCCUCGGAGAGCCGGAGCUGCCCUUCUCGCGGACUGGGCCCCGGGUUGAGCCGGAUGACGACGAGGAGUGACGGGAACGAACGUGGGUGUGACACGUGGCGGCAAGCAGCCGUCUCUGCCGUCUGCUCCCUGCUAGAGGAGGGCAAAUAAUUAUGCAAGGUUAUGAUUAUGAAAGCUGACGGUAGAUGAGUUGGGGUCGCAGCAAGGUGAAGGGCUGUCAUGUUAAAGUAUUUUGUGGCAUGCGCGUCUCUAUAUGUGCGUUUCUUCUGAAGGAUUCGAAGCCGUGCACCACUACUUGAGGGACAUGCGACGUGUUGGCCUUCAGCACAGCUCGAGUUUGUGUUUGUACUUCAAUCACGGAGGAGACAACGGUAGGCAGGCCGGUUGCCUGGCAGCAGAUGGUCUUCAUAGUAAAGUGCCCGGCUAUGUUGCCUAUGCUAUGAUUGCCGCCGCUUGAGUACUGGGAAUCAAAUUUACUAUUUCAUAUCAUCAAAGUCUG